AUGUUCAAGCUCAACGCCAUUCUCGCUGCUGUCUGCCUUUUCGCCGUUGCUACAUCCGUUAGCGCUGGACUGCUCGAGACCCACCAUGUAGUACAUGAGCCAGUCUUGGCUAAGGUCGGCUCGGUUGUCCACAGUGCUCCUUCGGCUGUUUCGCACCAGAGCAUCACUCAGGUCCAUAGCAAAGCUGUCGUGAGUCCAGUACUUGCCCACGCUGUCAAGACAACCGUACACUCCGCACCCGUCGUUCCAGUUGUACAUGCCGCACCCGUAGUUCAUGCCGCUCCCGUAGUCCAUGCUGCUCCCGCAGUUCAUGCCGCUCCUGUUGUACACAGCGUACACAGCGUUCCAGUCGUCCACUCCCUGCCUGUGGUUCAUUCUGCUCCUGUCGUCAAGAGCAUUGUUUCGGCUCCACUUGCUUACACUCUCCAUCAUUAG